UUAAAAAGUAUCAGCAGAGGAAAUACUACUAUUCUUUUUUUUUUUCUGUAUUUUAACUAUUUACAAAGUUUAAAAUAUAAAACAAAUAAAGAAUACAGAGUUUAUACUGUUUAAAAAUUCAAUAGUCAUCUUGAUACACACAUUCUUAGCGCCAUGCUUGUAGCAAAUAAAUACUCGGUCCACGGCUUCACAUCUAUAUAUAGAACUAAAUCCUUUGUUACUUUAACAAACAAACAAUUUGUGUCUUUCCUAUAUCUUUCGGGCUGAUAUCUUUGUCUCUAAUUGAUCUCUCAAUGACAAUCAAGUUGUAUGGACUUGCAAUGUCCACAUGCACCGCCCGGGUGCUGACCUGUCUCCAUGAGUAUGGUGCAGAAUUUGAGCUCGUCCCUGUCAAUAUGCUCGGUGGUGAACAUAAGCAGCCUGAUUUCCUUGCCAAGAAUCCCUUUGGUCAGAUUCCUGCAUUAGAAGAUGAUGAUCUAACUCUUUUUGAAUCUAGAGCAAUGUCAUCAUAUGUGGCUGAAAAAUUCAAGGGAAGUGGCUGCGAUCUGCUGAGAACCGAAAACCUCAAAGAAGCUGCACUGGUAAAGACAUGGAUGGAGGUAGAAUCCCAGCAAUUAGGCCCUGCAAUCGCUCCAAUCAUCUACCAAUACUUCCUUGUACCAAUGCAAGGCGGGUCAACAAAUCAAGCACUCGUCGAUGAGAGCUCAGAGAAGGUAGGCAAAGUGCUUGAUGUGUACGAGAAGAAGCUGAGUAGCACCAAGUACCUUGCCGGGGAUUUUUAUAGCUUGGCAGAUCUGCACCACCUGUCUUACCUUUACUAUUUGAUGAAGACUCCUUGUGCAAAACUGAUAAAUGAACGUCCCCAUGUUAAAGCAUGGUGGGAAGAUAUUUCUUCAAGGCCCGCUUUCAAGACAGUGGCUUCUGGUAUGACUUUGGGUGAGAAAUGA